GGUGCUGAUCGAGCCAUGAGCGGCGGCGUCUACGGAGGGGAUGAGGUCAGGGCCCUGGUGUUCGACAUCGGCUCCUUCUCGGUCCGGGCCGUAGCCGGCGAGGAUUGUCCCAAGGCCGAUUUCCCCACCACGGUGGGGUUGCUGUGCCCCGAGGAGGGGUCCCUGGAGCUCGACGGGGACAAGGACAAGAAGGGGGGGAAGGUUUUUUACAUCGACACCAACGCCCUGCACGUGGCCAGGGAGGGGGUCGAGGUCCUGUCCCCCCUCAAGAACGGCAUGAUCGAGGACUGGGAGUGUUUCCAGGCCAUCCUGGACCACACCUACGGCAAACACGUCAAGUCGGAGCCGGGGCUGCACCCCGUGCUCAUGUCCGAGGCCCCGUGGAACACGAGGGCCAAGCGGGAGAAGCUGACGGAGCUGAUGUUCGAGCACUACAACAUCCCCGCCUUCUUCCUCUGCAAGACGGCCGUGCUGACGGCCUUCGCCAACGGGCGCAGCACGGGGCUGGUGCUCGACUCGGGGGCCACCCACACCACGGCCAUCCCUGUGCACGAUGGGUACAUCCUGCAGCAAGGUAUCGUGAAGUCUCCCCUGGCCGGGGAUUUCAUCUCCAUGCAGUGCCGGGAGCUCUUCCAGGAGCUCAACAUCGACAUCGUCCCCCCCUACAUGAUCGCCGCCAAGGAGCCGGUUCGCGAAGGGGCCCCGAUGAAGAAGAAGGAGAAGCUGCCCCAGGUGUCCAAAUCCUGGCACAACUUCACCUGCAACGAGGUGAUCCAGGACUUCCAGGCCUCAGUGCUGCAGGUGUCGGACUCGCCCUACGACGAGCAGGUGGCUGCCCAGAUGCCCACGGUCCACUACGAGAUGCCCAACGGGUACAACACCGACUACGGGGCCGAGCGGCUCCGCAUCCCCGAGGGGCUCUUCGACCCCUCCAACGUCAAGGGCCUCUCUGGGAACACCAUGCUGGGCGUGGGGCACGUGGUGACCACGAGCAUCGGGAUGUGCGACAUCGACAUCCGCCCCGGUGGGUCUGGGGGGAUCUGGGGAUCUGGGGGUCUGGGGCGCUCAUCGUCACCGGGGAACACCCUGCUCCAGGGGUUCACCGACCGCCAACCGCGAGCUGGCCUCAGAAGACCCCCUAGCAUGCGGCUCAAGCUGAUCGCCAGCAACUCCACGAUGGAGCGGCGCUUCAGCCCCUGGAUCGGGGGCUCCAUCCUGGCCUCGCUCGGCACCUUCCAGCAGAUGUGGAUCUCCAAGCAGGAGUACGAGGAGGGAGGGAAGCAGUGCGUGGAGAGGAAGUGUCCUUGAGGAGGAGAAAAGAGGGGAAAAUGGGGAAAAAAAUGAAUAAAAAUUAAUGAAACCCACCCCCUCAAAAAACAAAAGAAAAACAAAAAAACAAAAACCAACAAAAA